GGCCGUGACGCAUGAAUGUUGCGUCUGCGGGGAAGAUGGCGGACUCAGUAGCGGCUGGACUUGCGGACGAAAACGAGACCGAAAAAGAGGAUAAGGAGAGGGAGAAACGACUCUUCAGCGGCGUCAGAAAGACGGAGGAACAAGCCGCUGCAUCAGACCUCACAGAAACUCUGGGAUUUUACGAGAGGAAGGCGAAAUGCAAAGAGAGAAAGAGCAAUGUGUCAGAUCCCUCUCUGGUGAGGUUUAUCAGUGCUGAGUUGACUAGAGGAUAUUUUCUGGAACACAAUGAGGCCAAAUACACCGAACGGAGAGAGAGGGUCUACACCUGCCUGCGUAUCCCGAAAGAACUGGAGAAGCUGAUGUCCAGUGGCUGUGUGUGGAAGAAGAUCCUACUAAUAGAAGAACUAAAAGAAGUUCCAUUGCAUAAUUCCAGAUGUCUAUGGAGCCAAUUUAACCAGAAGAUGAUUUUUUUUCUUUGUGUGUGUAUGUAUGUGUAUGUGUGUAUUUGCAGUGGAUCUCGUAUCUUGCAGCCCGCUCAGGUGUGUGAUGUUCUGAAGGGUGUCAUUAUGGUUCUGUGUUAUUUCAUGAUGCAUUAUGUGGAUUAUUCCAUGAUGUACCACAUGAUCCGGGGUCAGUCUGUCAUAAAACUCUACAUCAUCUAUAACAUGCUGGAGGUGGCAGAUCGCUUGUUUUCAUCUUUCGGUCAGGAUAUUCUGGAUGCUUUGUACUGGACUGCCACUGAACCGAAAGAGAGGAAGAGAGCUCAUAUAGGAGUCAUCCCACAUUUCUUCAUGGCUGUUCUCUACGUCUUUCUGCAUGCCAUUCUGAUUAUGGUUCAGGCCACCACACUGAAUGUGGCUUUCAAUUCACAUAACAAGUCGCUGCUCACCAUCAUGAUGUCUAAUAAUUUUGUUGAGAUUAAAGGAAGCGUAUUCAAGAAAUUUGAGAAAAACAACCUCUUCCAGAUGUCCAAUAGCGACAUUAAAGAAAGAUUUACAAACUACACACUCUUACUAAUCGUCUGUCUCAGAAACAUGGAGCAGUUCUCCUGGAAUCCAGAUCAUCUAUGGGUGUUGUUUCCUGAUGUUUGUAUGGUGAUCGCCUCGGAGACUGCAGUGGACGUUGUCAAACAUGCCUUCAUCACCAAGUUUAACGACAUCACGGCAGAUGUGAGUUGCAUGCUAUACCAGCCUCAAAAUACUGGCAGUGCCAUAGUAUUCUUCAAACGGUAG